AUGGCGCGGACGUGCGCGCGAUGCGGGCGCGUCCAGGCGUCGACGGAGGACGAGACGGAGACGCGAUGCGAGGCGUGCGACGCCGCGGUCGUCGCGGACGAUGAACCCGCGGCGUCGCGCGACGCGAGCGCGAGCGCGAGCGCGAGCGCGAGCGACGACGGCGAAACGACGACGACGCGGACGUGGAACGCGUUCGCCGGGGACGCGAUGUGCGCGGUCGCGAGCGCGUCCUUCCGCGGCCUCGUCGUCGUCGCCGGCGCCGCCGCGGGCGCGGUCGCCGCCGCGAUCGCCGCGCGCGCGACGCGGCGAAGCGUGCUCGCGAGCGUCGGCGUCGGCGCCGUCACCGGCGCGGCGACCGCGUUCGACUGGGCGACGUUCGUCGGUCGCGCGACGCCGCUCGAGCUUCGCAUCGCGUAUCGCGCGCUUCGCGUGUCCGCGUCUCGCGCGGGUUCGUUUUCGUCGAGGUACCCGAGGGAUCGCACCGCGGACGUCCUCGCGCGCGCGCUCGAGAGCGUCCGCGCGAACGGCAUCGAGCGCUCGCUCGCGAACGGCGACGUGGAGCGCGCGGUGCGCGAGAUCAUCUCGCACUUCUUCAGGCGCGUUCUAUACACUGGUCCCCAUACGACCGCGUUGGCGUGGUGA